GCAACAGGGAUUCUGAAUGGACUAGAUCUGGACUGAAGACAUCUGUUUUAUGUUCUGUUUCUUUUUUAAAGAUAAAACUUUUGGAAGUUCUUGCUUUCCCUAAAGUUGGAUUCUUAGUGAACUGGGCGGAAAAAGUUUGUGACACACUGAUUUUCGUCCUUAAAAAAAAAACAAACCAAAAAAACCAAAAACAUUUACUUGUUUAAUUUUUUAAAAGAAUCCCUUCGAGCACACUCACCUCCGUUCUUCGGGGUGAGAAGAAGCUGUUGAGCCGGCGGAGAUGGGGGUGACACUCCCCGAAUUCCCCCGCCCGGGUUUGGGGCUUCGGACCGAUGGUUUUGAGCGCCUGAACGCGGAAUAAAGCAGGAAACGAUUGCUGUGUAUUUGCAAAGGGGGUUCUCCCCCACCGCGCCGCUUCUCCGCCCCCCUCCGGGGAGCCUGCCUUCGUCGCUUUGCUUCAUCCCGUACACACGCCUGCUGCAAGGGAACAGCAGAUCGCUUACGCGGAGCCUUUUCAUACAAGGAGAAUCCACGGCAACUGGAAGCAGGAAGGUACUUAUUAAGGUUUAAGGUGCCGCUUUCAGUCCAUGCUUGCCUAGAAGAGCUCAGAUGGGAUUAAAGUCCACAUGGAGGUAUGGAAGAGGAUCAGGGACUAGCACUGAGAAGAUGAUCUGUUGGGAUUCAUGUUGCCUUAUCUGCCUGGUGUUGAUCACCAUGGCUGGAUUUUCAAUGGCUCGGCCAUCAUACAAUUUAGUAGGUGAAGGAACUACUUCAAAACCUGUAGAGUCACCAGUCAAAUAUCAGAUCUCUCAGCCUGAUGUAGUCUCUGCACUUCCAGGAGAUAAACUGACGUUGCGCUGUCAACUGAAGGACAUCAGCAUGAUCACUUGGACUAAAGAUGGGGUCCAUUUGGUAUCCAACAAUCGAACCAAUAUUACUGGGGAAUACUUACAGGUUAAAGAUACUACACCAGGAGAUUCAGGCUUUUAUGCUUGCACUGUUAGGACUCUAGGCAGUGAACCCCUCUACUUCAUUGUAAAUAUUACAGAUGUUCUUUCAUCUGGAGAUGAUGAAGAUGACAACGAUGGCUCUGAGGAUUUUGUGAAUGACAACAACCAAACCAAAGCACCUAAGUGGACACAAACUGAAAAGAUGGAGAAGCGAUUACAUGCAGUCCCAGCAGCUAACACCGUGAAGUUCCGUUGUCCAGCUACCGGAAACCCCCUACCAACCAUGAGGUGGUUAAAAAAUGGAAAAGAAUUCAAGCAAGAACAUCGUAUUGGUGGAUACAAGGUACGAAAUCAGCACUGGAGCCUUAUAAUGGAAAGUGUAGUCCCAUCGGACAAAGGAAACUAUACCUGCAUAGUGGAGAACAUACAUGGAUCCAUCAAUCACACAUACCAUCUCGACGUUGUUGAACGAUCACCACACAGGCCUAUUCUACAAGCUGGCCUACCGGCAAAUACUUCCACAAUUGUUGGAGGUGACGCAGAGUUUGUCUGCAAAGUCUACAGUGAUGCCCAGCCUCAUAUCCAGUGGAUAAAACACAUAGAAAAGAAUGGAAGUAAAUUUGGCCCAGAUGGAUUGCCAUAUCUAGAAGUUCUAAAGCAUUCGGGGAUAAAUAGUUCCAAUGCUGAAGUGCUGAAACUGUACAAUGUGACAGAGGAGGAUGCUGGAGAAUAUAUUUGUAAGGUCUCCAAUUAUAUAGGGGAGGCCAACCAGUCUGCCUGGCUUAUGGUUCUGCCAGAUAAAGCUCCCAUAGAAGACAGACCGUAUCCAACAUCCCCAGACUACCUGGAGAUUGCUAUUUACUGUGUAGGGGUCUUCCUAAUUGUCUGCAUGGUGAUGACAGUGAUCCUGUGCCGCAUGAGAUCCACCACCAAGAAGCCGGACUUCAGCAGCCAACCUGCCGUGCACAAGCUAACUAAGCGCAUUCCUUUGCGCAGACAGGUAACAGUAUCUGCAGACUCUAGCUCCUCCAUGAACUCUAACACACCUCUGGUGAGGAUAACUACUCGUCUCUCCUCCAAUGCAGAAGCUCCAAUGUUAGCAGGAGUCUCUGAAUAUGAAUUACCAGAAGAUCCAAAAUGGGAGUUUGCAAGAGAUAAGUUGACGCUCGGGAAGCCCCUUGGGGAAGGGUGCUUUGGUCAAGUUGUUAUGGCGGAAGCAGUAGGAAUUGACAAAGACAGGCCAAAGGAAGCUGUUACUGUUGCAGUGAAAAUGUUGAAAGAUGACGCCACAGAAAAAGACCUGUCUGACCUGGUGUCUGAGAUGGAGAUGAUGAAAAUGAUUGGGAAGCACAAAAAUAUCAUCAACCUCCUUGGAGCAUGCACACAGGAUGGGCCACUGUAUGUGCUCGUUGAAUAUGCUUCAAAAGGGAAUUUGCGAGAGUACCUGCGAGCUCGGCGGCCACCAGGAAUGGAAUAUUCAUUUGAUAUUAACCGGGUACCCGAAGAGCAGAUGACAUUCAAAGAUUUAGUCUCAUGUACAUACCAGUUGGCAAGAGGCAUGGAAUACUUAGCAUCACAAAAAUGUAUCCAUCGAGAUUUGGCAGCAAGGAAUGUUUUGGUAACUGAAAAUAACGUCAUGAAAAUAGCUGACUUUGGGUUGGCCAGAGACAUCAACAAUAUAGAUUAUUAUAAAAAGACUACUAAUGGUCGGUUGCCUGUGAAGUGGAUGGCACCAGAAGCUCUUUUUGACAGAGUUUACACACAUCAAAGUGAUGUAUGGUCAUUUGGUGUGCUGAUGUGGGAGAUCUUCACUUUAGGAGGCUCACCAUACCCUGGAAUUCCAGUGGAGGAGCUUUUCAAGCUGCUUAAAGAGGGACACAGAAUGGACAAACCUGCCAAUUGCACCAAUGAACUCUAUAUGAUGAUGAGAGAUUGUUGGCAUGCAGUGCCUUCACAGAGACCUACUUUUAAGCAGCUGGUGGAAGACUUAGAUCGGAUCCUCACUCUUACAACUAAUGAGGAAUAUUUAGAUCUCAGUGGACCACUGGAACAGUAUUCACCUAGCUAUCAAGACACAAGGAGUUCCUGUUCUUCAGGAGACGACUCUGUUUUUUCUCCUGAUCCAAUGCCUUAUGAACCUUGCCUUCCUAAGUACCAACACAUAAACGGCAGUGUUAAAACAUGAAAAGAGCCCUCUGUUAUUCCACAAAGCAGUAAGGAAUGUCUACCUAUCAUGUGAAAAAGAGAGCCUUUCUUCAGACACAUGAGGGUUUUGUUUGUACAUAUGAAAUGUAGGGACCAAAAGAAAACAAAAAUAGGCAAUAUUGUGUUCUAAUUAUACUGGGGGGAUGCUUUGGAAUGCCAAACAAUAUUCAGAAGAAUAAUUUCAUGGGCCACAUGGACACAUGUCAGGGCAGUUCUUUGGCCCGGAAACCGCAACAUGCUUUCUACAUCCAAUGGGCCAGUUGGACUUAAGGCAAGCACUGGGUCAGCCUUCCUUGUUUAUUUUGUAAUAUUUGGAGAAAAUAUAUGUUGACACACACUUACAGAGCACAAAUGCAGUAUAUAGGUGCUUGGAUGUAUGUAAAUAUAAUCAAAUAUGUACAAAUAUAUAUUAUAUAUUUACAAUGAAUUAUUUUUUGUAUUGAUUUUAAAAUGGAUGUCCCACUUCACAAGGAAAUUAGUCUCCUUCUUUUAAAAAAAGGAACAGCUACUUGUAAUUGUUGUUCAUUCAUAAGACUUCUCUUUUUUAAAAAUCACCAUCCAAAGGUGAAAAAUACUUUGCUUUCAGGGAAAAUUGUAUCUUGUUAAUUUAUUAAUUAAUUGGUAAUGUAAAAAACAAUUAAUCUUUUAUAGGGUUGUGUUAUGUUGUAAUUUAAAUGGCAUUUCUAUGCAGGCAGCACAGAGAACUAGUAGAUAUAUUGCUCAAACUUUACUAGUUGUCAGAUUUUUUUUAAGAGAGAAAUAUUUACAGUAUAUAACUAAUUUUGGGAAUUAAGGUUCUGAUUAAUUUGGGUUUUUAAAGUUCAGUGGGAGGUUAUUGCUCUAACUAAAACCAAAUCUCUCAUAAAUAAAAGAAAAUGUGUCCUUUUACAAUAAAGUAUUUUGCUUUUUGUAUCUCCAAUUA